AUGGAUGAUGGAUAUAGAAACACAAACCUCUAUCAAGGGGGCAGGGAGACAAACCAAGUCUCAGAUGACUACAGGUACCAGGAUGGCAACUACGAAGGGUAUGCACCCAAUGAUGGCUACUAUCGUGGCGGGGAUGAGACUGCUCAGGAGGAAGAUGCCCAGAGUGACGUUACAGAAGGCCAUGAUGAAGAUGAUGAGGUCUAUGAGGGGGAAUACCAAGGGAUCCCUCACCCAGAUGACAUUAAAGAAAAGCAGAAGCGAGCUCCUGCCAUGGAUGAUGAAUACAGAGACCGUGCUGACCUUAUGGCAGAGAGGAUGGAAGAUGAGGAGCAACUUGCCCAUCAAUAUGAGAAUAUCAUAGAGGAGUGUGGCCAUGGACGCUUCCAGUGGACUCUCUUCUUUGUUUUAGGGUUGGCACUGAUGGCAGAUGGGGUGGAAGUGUUUGUGGUUGGAUUUGUUCUUCCCAGUGCUGAGAAGGAUAUGUGCUUAACCAGUUCGAACAAAGGGAUGCUAGGCUUGAUAGUCUACUUAGGAAUGAUGGUGGGGGCUGUCAUGCUUGGUGGCCUCGCUGAUAAACUGGGAAGAAAGAAAUGCCUCAUCAUAUCACUUACAAUCAAUGCUGCCUUCGCGUUCCUCUCCUCCUUCGUCCAGGGAUAUGGAUUCUUCCUCUUCUGCCGCCUUAUCUCAGGCCUCGGUAUUGGGGGAUCCCUCCCCAUCGUGUUUGCCUAUUUCUCUGAAUUCCUAUCUCGUGAGAAGAGAGGGGAACACCUGAGCUGGCUUUGCAUGUUCUGGAUGAUCGGUGGCAUUUUUGCUUCAGCAAUGGCUUGGAGCAUCAUCCCACAUUACGGCUGGGGGUUCAGUAUGGGAACCAAGUACCACUUCCACAGCUGGAGAGUCUUUGUACUUGUCUGCUCUCUGCCCUGUAUCGCCUCCCUGGUGGCACUGAAAUUCAUGCCUGAAAGCCCACGGUUUUUGCUGGAGAUAGGUAAACAUGAUGAAGCCUGGAUGAUUCUCAAGCAAGUCCAUGACACCAACAUGCGGGCCAAGGGUGAACCAGAGAGGGUGUUUACGGUUUCCUAUAUCAAAACUCCAAAGCAAAUAGAUGAAUUUAUUGAAAUCCAGAGCUCAACAGGGACCUGGUACCAGCGAUGGCUAGUCAGAAUCACAACUACUUUCAAACAGGUCUGGGACAACGUGCUCUAUUGUUUAACAGCCCAGUACAGGAUGAACACACUGAUGCUGGCUGUGGUUUGGUUUACAAUGGCCUUAAGUUACUAUGGCCUUAUUGUCUGGUUCCCUGAUAUGAUCCGGUACCUCCAAGAAGAGGCAUAUGAAUCCCGAGUGAAGAUCUUUGAUGAGGAAGAAGUGUCACACUUCACCUUUAAUUUCACCCUCGAAAACCAGAUCCAUAGGAAUGGGGAAUACAGAAAUGAUAAAUUUAUUGGCAUGAGAUUCAAGGAAGUGAGAUUUGAGGAUUCACUGUUUGAGGACUGCUACUUUGAAGAUGUGACAUCCAGCGAGACUUUCUUUGAAAACUGCACCAUCAUCUCUACUGUCUUUUAUAAUACUGAUCUCUAUGAACACAAAUUCAUCAACUGCAGGCUCAUAAACAGCACGUUUCUGAAGGAAAAGGAAGGCUGUCACCUGGACUUCGAGGAGGACAAUGAUUUCUUGAUCUACCUGGUCAGCUUCCUGGGCAGCCUCUCUGUGCUGCCAGGCAACAUCAUCUCUGCAUUACUCAUGGACAAAAUUGGGAGGAUAAAGAUGAUCGGUGGCUCAAUGUUGAUCUCAGCAGUGUGCUGCUUCUUUCUCUUUUUCGGUAACAGCGAGUCAGCAAUGAUCGGCUGGCAAUGCCUCUUCUGUGGUGCCAGCAUUGCUGCCUGGAAUGCCCUGGAUGUAAUCACUGUGGAGCUCUACCCCACUGACAAAAGGGCAACAGCCUUUGGCAUCCUCAAUGGGCUUUGCAAGUUUGGUGCCAUCCUGGGGAACUCAAUCUUUGCCUCCUUCGUAGGGAUAACCAAGGUGGUUCCCAUCCUUCUGGCUUCCUCUGCUCUGGUUGGAGGUGGCUUGCUGGCUUUGCGUCUGCCAGAGACUCGAGAACAAGUCCUGAUGUGA